GUCAGUUGCCAGUUAGCCCAACACGUGCAGGAGCUUCAGGAGCAACAAAGCUCGCCGGAAUUUGUUCCUUUCUUUAAAUUCUUAAGCUUUCAACUUUUGAUUCAUUUUUUCCAGUCCCAUCAAUCUCCACGUUGUUAUUCCCUGUCACUUUCUCAGCAAAGCACUAAUAUACCCAUUGAAAAAAUGCCUCGAACUGCUAUAUUCGUUAUCGACAUUCAGAACCAUAUCGCCGUUGAUCCUACCUCUCGCGUCCCCCAAGCGGAUCGCGUCAUCAAAGCCUCUGAAGCGAUCUUACAGACGGCUCGUUCCAUCAAAGACUCCAAUGAAAAGAGCAACAGUCCACUCAUCGUCUUCAUUCAGCACGAAGAGUCCGCGAAUGACGGAGCCCUUGUAAAGGGGACUGAGCCCUGGGGGCUCGUCUUUCACCCCCGCGCGGAUGUGGAGGGCGAAAUUUUGGUUGCAAAGAGGACAGGGGACACAUUCAAAUCCAACCGCGACCUCGCGCAGAGGCUGCGCGACGCCAACGUCACCGAAAUCGUCGCGUUCGGUCUGCAGAGCGAUAAAUGCGUUGAAGCAACAUGUACCGGAGCACUGGCAGCUGGCUUCCACGUAACUGUGUUGGCUGGCGCACAUUCUACCUACGAUGCUGAUGGAAAGACCGCCCAAGAAAUCGAGCGUGAAGUUGAACUUCGCCUCUCGACACGCGGCGCUCGCGUUGUCCGGUGGGAGAAAUGGGUGGAAAAGCAACAGGUUGCCUGAUUCGCACUCUUGUUGUUUUCGGUCUAGUUUAUUUUUGUACAUGUUAUAAUUGCCAGGAACUUUGUCUGAAAUGCGGGCUUCAUCGAGAUACACCAUAAUUCACAUUAUCAUCAC